AUGGCCGACACCGCUGCUGCCGUGGUCGAGCUUACUGAAGUUUCGGAGCUUUGCUUUCAAGAUCUCUUUGAAGCCUUUGCUGCGUUGGCAACGCACCUCUCGCGAAGCACACAGGUCGGUGCUCGACCGACUGGGCAGCUUGCAAUAUGGUCGGCAGCUCCGAGUGCGAUUUGGCCGCGGAAGAGCCGAUUCGGCUGUCGGGCGCACGGUUCUAUCGAUAAGCUGGCAGAGCUGCACCUGGACGCUGCCCGGUCGGCGGUCGGUUGUCCUCCCGCUCGCCGCCGCCGUGUUGUUAGGUUGAUGGCCCACAUAGAGGCAGCACCGUCAUCGGCCCCACCUCCUCGGGCCUCGCAUGCGGUUGGCGCUUGCAACAGCCUCGGUCGACCCUGCAUCGAUCCCGUCAAUGCCGAUCCGGCACAAGCGCCCGAGCAAGAUGUGGAGUAG